AUGGUCCGAUCUGCUUUGAAAGAGCUAAAUUGGCUGGUGGAAAAUAAUUCCAGUGGGCUAAUUGUUCCUGAAAUUGGACGCUGUAUUAAUGUAAAAAUCAAAGAAAUCUCUGGCGACACUGCAAUCGUGAAAAGCACGGAUGGAUCGGAUUUGAAGGGAUAUGCGCGGAUAACAAAUAGCGCCGAUCUAAAGGAAACGAUAGAAACAAUGAUAAAAAAUAAAACUCAGUUAAAUGCGAAAGUAUUGCUAAGGAAGAAAAAUUAUGCAGUUGCAGUUGCUGAGUUGGAAAAUGCGGCCUUUGUCGUUUGUAUACCAACGCGGAUGCAUCCGAACAUAAAUCCACAGUAUGAGGAAAAAAUUCGGGAGAUUGGUGAUGUAUGUGCCGUCACACCGAAACUCGUUUUUGAACGAGUCAUAAUUGGGGAAACAAAAAAGGCGAAGAAAGAGGAGGUAUUUUCGAAGAAAUUGAUGAAGUCAAAACCACAGGAGAUGAUGACAGACAUAAAAUUGAAACCGUUUGGAAUUUAUCGUGCCAAAGUUAUUGGAAUGUGGCAUCGGGGAGCAGAUGAGUCGCCAUGCGCAGUUGAAUUGCAGUUUCCAGGAAAGAAAAUUGGUCGUUUACACGCAUGUGAAUUUGAUGAGCACUUUCUGGAAGAAUCAUCACAGCCAGCUCGAAACUUCCUGCAAAAAUAUGAAGGCAAAACAGUGACCGUUAAAGUCGUGUGCUUCACGAGGAUAAAAGAAACGAGGACUACAAAGGUUUUACGUGUGGCGGAAUGCACAAUGAAGUCAACAAAAUUGAAGGAAACGAAAAAGAAACAAUCACUGAUGAAUUAUCCACAAACAUAUAUGCAGGGCUCGUUGAUUCCCGUUUUUGUUUGCAAGGGACCACAUAUUGGCGUUGUCAGAGUGGAAGCAUCGCCAUUAUGGAACGGCGUCAUACGGAAACAAAAUUUGCGUGACGAGAAUCUGGCAUGUUUUUAG